CGGGAGGCGAACUUCCGGUGUCGGUCGAACCGCGGCCUGUGAUGGACUUGAGUUGAUUCGGAUUCUUCAUUUGUUUAGCGCCUGAGGAUGUCACAGCAACGAACACUACCUCAGAGUAAAGAGCUUCUGCUCCAGUCCUACAACAAGAGACUGAAAGAUGACAUCAAAUCUAUUCUGGAUAACUUCACAGAAAUUGUUAAAAGUGCUCGGGUUGAAGAUGAGACGCAGGUAUCCCGGGCGACACAGUGUGAACAAGAUCACUAUGAGAUGCAUGUGAGAGCAGCAAACAUUGUGCGUGCUGGUGAGUCUUUGAUGAAGCUGGUGUCAGACCUGAAACAGUUCUUGAUCCUGAAUGACUUUCCCUCGGUGAAUGAAGCCAUUAAUCAGCGGAAGCAACAACUACGAAAUCUGCAGGAAGAAUGUGACAAGAAAUUGAUUACCCUGAGAGACGAGAUUGCAGUCGAUCUGUAUGAGCUGGAAGAAGAAUAUUACUCCUCCAGGUACAAAUAACACACAACUGUCCUCGGCACAGCCUCCAGAAUGUUCCCUGAGCAAGCACAACAGAGUGCCUUUUACCACUGACAUAACCACAAUGUGAGCCAGCCUCAUUCACUUACACUGUAACACACUCCUAAUCUCUCACUAACCUCCUCAAACGGUAACAAUUCUAAUCCCACACUAUAAUACUCCUCAGUUCCAUGGUAUAUAGGUGAGGCUGUACCUCUGUUGUUAAGCUGCUUCUUUUUACUUAAUAGAAAUGCGAGUCUUUCUCUUUUCAUUGUGACAUGGGUUGACUUUGGGCUCUAGUUGAGGCUGUUUAAUACUCUUUCCAGCUCAUCUUCAGUUGAGAUUGAUCCUGAUCUACCAGACCCCAAAUAUUACAUCAGGUGUUGGGAAGGAUGGGGCUGGGCAGAUGGUGGUUCCAUUCAUUUGUACCUCUUCCCUUCUUUACAGAACAAAUUCCCAAUUCCUGAUUGUAAAUCAUUUUGGGGAACUGAUGGAGUCUCCCCACCACGUGUCUAUUGCCGUUGAUUUAAUUCAUUCCUCACAAGUCAAACCCUAACAUCCCAAAAUGUCUCCAAGCAACUGUUUUUUUAAAUGCAAUCUGCACAAUAGUACUCACCAAUUAGCAAAACAUGAAACAUUCCCAGGCACUACACAUUUCACUAAAACAUCCUUAAGUGCAAUUUGUGAAGCAUCCCCCUGUGCUGCAGCAUCUCCUGUUGGAAUCUGCCCUUACUGCCAUCUUAUGUGUAUCAGGGACUAUAAAGGUGCUCCUUUAAUGUUGAACCAAAUAAGGUGUUUAUAAUUGGGCGAUAGUGUCUGCUCAGCUUUUACUGCAGUAAGAAUCUGAGAAAUUUUACUCCAUAAACUGGAAUUUUAUUGUAAAGAAUCAUUACCCAAUUUAGUAAAGAGAUUCUAUUUAUCUCAAAUUUUAUAUUAGCUUUUCUACAACGUGAUAUUCAUGCACAUUAUGAAUGUACAAGCACCCUGUUUAUCAGACUUUAAACUUCUCAAGUCUAAUCUUCUGUGUCAGAUUUGACGAGGAAACAUUUUUCUAUUUGUUUGAAGUAAUAUAACACUGGCCUUAAUGAUGCACAGUUCCUUCACAUGAAGAUAAUAAGUUAAAUGAUGUAUUGUGACUGACUGUGUUAUUAUUUAUAUGAUAAUCACUUCAACAACCAUCAACAUUUUCUCCAAUAUGCAUUGAGUCUCUGCACUAUAGUUCUUUUGAAGAUGGAGGAUGGCCCAGAAUUGUCUAAUUCAGAAUCCCUUCCUUCCCUUCCCACUGCCAAGUAUCUCUCAUUAUUUGUAAUGAUCCAACUCCUUCUGACUACCACAUAUUAAUAAAGGGAUCGUGAAGUAAGAUGGCUUAAACAUAGGAGACAGAGGGUAGUGGUGGAAGGAUUCUUAUCACAUUGGAGGGUUGUGACUGGUGGUGUUCCACAAGGAUCAGUGCUGGGGCCUCUGCUGCUAGUAGUCAACAGAAAUGAUUUGGAGGAAAAUGUAGCUGGUCUAAUUAGUAAGUUUACAGAUGUCACACAGAUUGAUGGUCAGGUAGUGAGGAGAAUUGUCAGAGGAUACAGCAGGAUAUAGAAUGGAGAUAAGGAGGAACUUCUUCAGCCAGAGAGUGGUGAAUCUAUGGAAUUCACUGCCACAGAAGGCUGUGGAAACCAAGUCAUUGAUUAUAGUAAAGACUGAGAUAGAUAGAUAGAUAGAUAGAUAGAUAGAUAGAUUCUUGAGUAUCAAGGGAGAAAGCGGACAAAUGGGGUUGAGAAAUUUGUCAGCCAUGAUUCACGGUGGAGCAGACUCAAUGGGCCGAAUGGCCUAAUUUCUGCUCCUAUGUCUUAUGGUCUUAUGGCCUAACUUUAGAAUUGUACACAAUUUCCAAGUAGGCCAUGCUUAGAAAUUGUGUACAAUUCUGGUCACCACACGACACUUCAGGAUGGAGGGGUGAAUUACUAGGGGGUAACGGUCAAGGUGCAGGGCAGGAAGUUUAAAAGAGAAGUGUGAGGGAGGUUUUUCUCACAAAGGGUGGGGAGUGCCUGGAAUGUGCUGCCAGAGGAGGGGGUGGAAGCAGACACAAUCGUGCUGCCAGAGGAGGGGGUGGAAGCAGACACAAUCGCAGCAUUCAAGAAUCACCUGGAAGCGUGAAUAGGAAAACAGAGGAAUAGAGAUCGUGUAACUGAAGACAGUUUUAGUCAAAAUGAGUACCAAAGGGCCUGUUCUGGUACUGUAUUGCUCUUUCUUCUAAUAGCUUUUCCCUAUGUUAAGGGAGUCUAAAACUAGAUGGCAUGGGUUUAAGGUGAGAGGGGAGAGAUACAAAACGGACCAGAUGAGCACUGGUUCACACAGGGUGGUAAGUGUGUGGAACGGGCUGUCAGAGGUAGUGCUGGAAGCGAGUACGAUUUCAUCAUUUAAGGAACAUUUAGACAGGUACGUGAAGCGGCUAGGUAUGGAGGGACAUGGACCAAACAUAAAUGGGACUAGGUUAAUUGUGAAAACUGGGCAGCAUGGGUGGGUUAGACCGAAGGGCCUGUUUCCAUGCUGGUGACCUCAAUGACUUUAUCACAUCCCAUAAUAUUAGCACUGUAACUUAUGAAGUUGCUAUUGCCUGCAAUAGGUCAAGGUAAUUAGGCAGAGCCAACAUCAUUUGGUCAAAGGGAAAUCACGUUUAAUUAAUGGAACUCUUUUUAACAAGUCACCUAUACAGUGGGUAAAGUGAAUCCAAUAGCAAUGUUGUGCUGAGGUUUACUGAAAGCAUUUGAUAAGGUGCCACAUCAAAGACUGUUCCAGAAAAUAGAAGCUCAUGUUGUGGAUGGUAAUAAAAUGGAAAGGAAGGUUGAAGCUUGACUGACUGGCCUCUUCUCUUUCGUUUAUAUAAACGAUUUGGAUAAAGAGACAGAAGGUUUGGUAGUUAAAUUUACUGACGAUGCAAAGAUAGGAAAGUGAGUUGUGAAGAGGACAAAGGGAUAUAAGUAGGUUAAGUGAGUGGGUAAAGAUCUGGCAGAUAGAGUGCAAUAUGGGAAAGUAUGAGAUUAUACAUUUUGGUAGAAAUAAUAAAACGGAACAUAUCAUCUAAGAAAGGUUGCAGAGUCAUAGGAUGCAGAGGGGUGUGGGUGUCCAAGUGCAGAAUCACAGCAGGUUAGUGUGUAAGCACAGCAAGUAAUCUGGAAAGCUAAUCAAAUGCUGUGUUUUACAGCGAGGGGAACUGAAAACAAGAGGAGGGAGCUUAUGCUUCAGUUGUGAGGACAAAGGUUAGACAAUAUCAGGAGUAUUGUGUGUAACACUGGUCACUGCCCUUAAGAACGGAUGUUAAUGUGUUGGAAGCAAUUCAGAGUUAAGGUUUACUAGGCUUUCCAGGUAUUUCCUGAUGAAGGGCUCCUGCCCGAAACGUUGAUUUUCCUGCUCAUCAGAUGCUGCCUGACCUGCUGUGCCUUUCCAGCACCUCUCUAAUCUUUGCCAGGCUUUUGCCUGGAAUGAGCAGCUUGCCUUCCAAGAAAAGAUUAGACAGGCUCGGCCUCUAUCCUUUAGAGUUUGGAAGAGUCAAAAGUGACUUAUUUGGAAUUUAUAAGAUCCUGAGGGGACUUGACUGGGUAGAUGUGGAAAGGGCGUUUCCUAUUGUGGGAGAAUCUAGAAAUGGGGUUAUAGCUUAAAAACAAGGAGUUGCCCAUUUAAAACAGGAGGAAACUUUUCUGAGAUUGAGAAUAUUUGGAAUUCCCUGAAGGGCAACGAGUGCAGAAUCUUUAAGUCAGAUUAGAUUCUGGAUUAUCAAGGGAAUGAACGAUAAUCAGGAGGAAUGCAGAGUCGAGGUUAAAAUCAGAUCAACCAUGAGCUUAAUGGCAGCGCAGGCUUAAAGGGCUGAAUGGCCUACUCGUUCCUUGUUUAUACACACAUCAUGUCAUGUUUCAGUGUUACCUUUCAUAAAUAUAUCAGUCUAAAUUAACUGUACAUGCCAGGAUAUUCUCCACACAUCCUGUAAUAAUCUGUUGUGUUAUAUAUACAUCUCAUAAUAUUCCCCUUUAGUAUGUUCACUGUACAUUUCUGCAAUUGUCCGUGUGUAGCUUGUAAUAUCAUUCUCUACAGUUUAAGGUCUUAUCACAGUCCCAAAUGUUCAGUGAGUAACUUUGCUUCAUUGGGAAUCAAAGAGUAACUGUGUGCCUCUGCUGAAGCCUCUGUUCUGGGCCACUGGGUUCAGGAUCAGUUUGCAACCACUAGAUUAUGGAGAGGCCAGGUUCCAACCUGAGUUGAGUUCACGGGUUCCACUGUGGCUGCAUCAGAAACUAAAAACUACGCCGUGUGCCUGAGCUAGUGAGGGAAAUGGGCUAGGAGGAGAGGAGCCCAGCCAGAGCUCCCAUUCCUGAUCAGCUUUUAGAUUAGAUUAGAUUCCCUACAGUGUGGAAACAGGCCAUUUGGUCCAACAAGUCCUGAUGCUCUGAAGAGCAACCCACCCAGACCCAUUCCCCCACCCUAUAUUUACCCCUUACUAUGGGCAAUUUAACAUGACCAAAUCACGUAACCUGCAGAUCUUUGGAUUGUGGGAGGAAACCGGAGCACCCAGAGGAAACCUAUGCAAUACCCUGGGGGGAAUGUCUGUGUGGAGUUUGCACAGUCACCCGAGGUGGGAAUCGAACCCAUGUCACUGGUGCUGUGAAGCAGCAGUGCUAACCACUGAACCAUCGUGUUGCCCCAGUUUUAGUGAAUCCUCCCACGUGCACACUCAUGUCCACAAUUUAGCAACAAUCAGGUUGGGUUUAGCUGUGAUACCACACAGUCAAAUAGUUAUGACAGAAACACGCACAUUGACAUGGAGAGGUGAGAAUGCAGAACUGCCACUGGCUUUCACUGAUGCAUCAUCGUCAGAGAAUCCCAAACUGUAUCCAUCCCACGCCCCUAACCCCUUUCAGCCAAAUGAGCCAUUUCAAAUCAAUGUGACCACCUCCUUCAUGUGUAAUUGAAUCCAUUUCUGUUAAAUGCAUGCUUUAAUCUAAAAAGGUGUUGUCACUCAAUCUCCCACCCAGAGCUACAAUGAUUGAGUGUGGACUAAAACUGCGAUCUGUUUUUACUUAUUGAGCCUUGCAAUAGUGAGUGUUUCAUUUAAUAAUUGUCAUUGUGCCUUGUUCACUGUUCCCAACAUUUUCAAGAUGAAAUUUGUUUUUAUAUCUGUACUUAUGUUUAUUUUUGCUUUAAGAUUUAUAUAUAAAUUUAAAAACCGCAUCCUUCAUUCGAUUAAACAUU